AUGGAGGACAACAAUGACGAUGUGGACAGAGACAAGGAUCCCCCCGAUACUUUCUCCGAGUACUCGGACCUGGAAUCUGUGGGUGGUGGCUUCCCUAUCGGCACCCUGGCUACGAUGAAGUACCGCCGAUAUGGCAAGGGUGAGGGCGAAGAGACCGCUUUGAUAGAGCGCAGACAUGGGCUCGGUGGGUCUGUUGACGUUUUGCACUUGCGUGGAGUGCAGUCGUGCAUGGAUUUCGAAUGUAUAUAA